AUGCCAUCCAACACGAUCGAGUUCCCUGACCUCCCUCCUGCUCAGCGUGCUGCCUUUGGCACUGCUGCUCGUCUUCUCUCCUGCCUCGUCACCGAGUCGCUAGUCCGCGCAAUCUAUGUGGAACUGACAUACGCCCCCCUGGGCGCGACUGGAAUCGCAGUCUGUUUGCUAGGUGACAUCUCAGCGCGUUCACCUCAGCAAGUUGACGACCCUUACAAUGUGAACAACAUCCUGGCAAUUAUUCCGCUUCGUCAUACUCCUGUCUUUAAACACGAUGGCACCGAUCCUAGAGGAAAAGAAAUUGGCCUCCUUGACCCGAUGGACAUGCUGCCUUUGGUUUUCGGGUUCGUCAACGAGGCGGGUGUGCUGAAUGAGUAUUUGGGACUCACAGCUUCUAUUGUAAAAUCGCUCGGUGCGCCGGGAUGGAAUAUCGCGGGCGAAACCACUCUCGCCCCUAUUCACAGCCCUUUGCUUCUUUGGGAGGCAUUUGGCCGCAGUAUCAAGCUUCAGGGCGACGUAAUUGAAGACAUCAAAGCAGAAUUCGAGGCUUCAGUAUUGUGGCAACAGCAUUCCUUCGAGAACCCUCCGUCGACACCUAAAUUCUCGGAUCCUAGUAUCGUGUGGGAGCAGUCUAUUGUCGAGGGUCAUCCUACUCAUCCCAUGCACAAAACGCGCAUGCUUCUCCCACCUAUUCAGGACAUUAUUCCUGGCAGUUAUGACCUCUACCACACUACAUUGCGCUUCGUCGCCUUUCCACGGGAAAGCCUGAAAAUCACGUACGACUUCGAGAGACUUACUACACCAUUACGAGAGGCUGCAACUGCAACGGCCGGGAAAGAGCUCGUUGUUCCCGAAGACUUCGUUAUCGUACCUGUUCAUGAACUGCAAAUCGCGCACAUCGAAGCCAAAUUCCCCGAAGCUAUCAUUAUUGGGCCUGAGUUUUGUCUUCCUAUCCUCGGUCAGCAGAGUAUUCGGUCUGUUGUUGUUCCAAACGCAUAUCACGAAUUGUCGCUCAAGUUGGGUGUCGGAAUCAAGUUAACUUCAGCAGUUCGCACUAUUUCUCCUCCUUCUGCGUAUCUCGGGCCGCGCUUCUCUGCUCAAGUUGUUCCUGCGUUGACUAUGGAUCGAAACAUUGUCACUGUCGCUAGAGAACUCGCCAGUGUGGUCCAUGCUCAUCCCAACCCUGACGUCGCCAAGCACUGCGCUGCAAUUGUCCGCGAAGCUCACGAAAAUACGAGCGAAGAGCACGGGGAACGACUUAUUGUUUGUACUUCCCUCGUUGAGAAAGGGCAUGCUGGCGAAGGUGGUCAUGAAUAUACAGUUAUCCGUGUGUUUGGACUAGACACGGAAGCAAAACGUGUCGACUGGCUCGACAAGUUUGUCAAGUUAUUCUUCGACGCGUUUCUGCCCCCAGUACUCCACAAUGGCGUCGCGUUCGAAUGUCACCCCCAGAAUUGUGUGGCUCGGUUCGACUUGCAAACCAAGAAUCUCAAAGGGUUCAUCAUUCGUGAUUUUGGGGGACUGCGGGUGCACCGUGCGUCGCUUAAGGCCUCGACCGGUGUGGAGCUCGACUUCCUCGAAGGCCACAGCAUUAUUGCGGAAGACCUUGACGACGUCUAUGCGCGGAUGUACCACACGGUGAUUCACAACCAUCUCCAACAACUCAUCCGGGUUCUCGGGUUGCACUACAACGGCAAGGGGUGGGCGAUCGUCCGAAAACAUCUCCGGGCGUCAAUUCCCGAAGAGCACGCACUUUACGCGUCAUGGCUUUCACCCGAUCGCAAAACCUUCCCAGGAAAAUGUUUCAUGCGAAUGAGAUUUCAAGGAAUGUACCGUUUCCAUCUUCAUGCUCCUUUUCCCAACCUUAUUUUAUACGAGGGCAUUGAGGCAAAUUAG